AUGGGUGGCCCUCGAUUACUUGGGGAAGAGAGUUUGUGCAUGGAAUGUGUUAAGCAGCAAUGUCACAUGAUGCGGACCAAACAAAAAAUGGAAAAAGAUAUGAAGUCCAUUGCAAAUAUGAUGAAGUUUAAUCAUGAUACUCCUGAAUGCUAUUGGGUUGGAAAAUCCUCAUUUCGGAGUUGGCGCAGACUAAUGGCAGAUAAACUGGAGGAAGUGAAAAAAAAGGAAGAAGACAGUAUGAAAGAAGAAAGUGAAAGUACAAAUACAACUGUCCCCACAGAAAAUGUUCCACAUUGGCCAGAAAGUGAAAAAUUUAAUGAUGAUCUUCUGUGCCGAUCACACCGUUCUUUGACCCCAGAUACACAUUGUCGGCGUCUCGUUCCAAAAGAUGUCUGGGAAAUUCUUAGAUCCUAUUUUCCAAAUUGUCCAGAGUUUAAACGUGAUGAACCUGUCUGUGCCAAAUGUGUACUUCAGAGCCAAGUGGAGCAACAAACAAAGGACCAGAAUCGUGAGUGGGCCCUCCAGCAAAAAACAGCUCUCUCUGAUCUCUACCAUGACAAGAACCGACCUAACAUGAGGACAAUCAAGUCCCAUGUGAAUGUUGUCAGUGCCAGUUUUGUAGAAGAAUGGCGACGGGCUGUCAAAGACCCAAUUCGGCGUAGUCCUGUGACAACUGUAAAGAAUUCCUCUCUGAUUUGUGUCCAUGGAGGAAUGUUAUAUGAACCUGAUCUCAAUGUAGUGACCCUGUGUCAGCAAAGCAUUGCAUAUCUUUGGCCAGAUGAAUGGACAAUUAUUGAAGCCAGCUGCACAGUAGACAUUGAAAUCAAAGUCUUUAAAGAGCAAGGUGAUUCGAAUGGUGCCAAAGGAUUGCCGACAUUAAUAUGUCAGCCUGCUGUUUGCACCGAUUGUUUUGUUGCUCGACUGCAGCAGGAAGAGCAACAACGGUUUGAAUAUACAGAGGCAAAAAUCUAUGUUCGCAAAGUCUUGAAGGAUUGGCAACAAUUGCAGACAACAAUGGGCUACACAAACCUUGGAAAGUCUGCAUCUGAUGACACAAAUGAUAAAGAUGAUCCAGAAUUUGUGCAGAGUGGGAGCAAAAAGACCAAGCUUUCUGGGGGAGCUAUACCUGUUGCCACAGAGGCUGAUGCCACCACCACACCUGCCACUGCCACACCUGCAGAGAAUCUUACUGCUUCUACUGAGAACAAUAAAGUCUUGCUUCUGAGUGCUGCUGAGAGUUGUGUGAGACGAAGCCAUCGACAUCGAAGGAUGCGGGGUGAAAAAGAAGUGAUGGUUUCUUCAACUCACACUCUUCAUUUGAAGCUGCAGAUCAUGAAGAUAUUUUCUGUGCCGCCAUUUGACCAAAAUCUCCAUUUCAAUGGCAGUUGUCUUGUAGAUGAGACAGCCACCCUUGGCCAGUUGAAGAUCUUUCCUGGAUGUAUUAUCUUCCUCAAGGCUGAUGAACCUCCACAAGAUGCAAUGGUUGUAGAGGAUAUACUCAGUGUUUCUGAUUAUGAGAAUGUGCUGGUGUGUCUGUGUGGGCGUUUUCUCUCUCCUUUCCUUCCCCCUCCCCCACCUUCUUGUGAAAUAAACAUGCACAAAUCCAACCAAGGGACACGUAUGAUUUUUUCCCCCCCACUACCACUUCUUCACCUUCCUCUUCCACUCUCUCUCUCUCUGUCCCAACCACACUCUGCAACUCUUCUCUCUCUCUCUCUCUCUCUUCCACAUUAUUCAAACUUCAGUUUAUUUGACUUACAAGCACUUUGA